AUGUCUUCUGGUGACGAAAAGAAGUCGGCGACUCAUGCAAUGCAACCCGCAGCCUUCAAAAAGACCAACACCGUCAUGAAGCUCCCAGUCGAGCUCCUCUGCAUCAUCCUCGACAUGUCCGAUCCUCGACCAGCAUACCGAGAAUGGAAGAAGUACAUUGUGCACCUCGAAGCCGAAAACGACGAGUAUGGCACUUGCAGGACUCCCGAACGAGAGCCUCCUCCAGCACCCACCCACUACCCACACCAUCUCGCCCGCGUCUGCCAGCGCUGGAACGACAUUCUCGCCGGCUUGCCGAGCCGCUGGGCUAACCCCAUCGUUUUCCUUGAUCACGACCUAGAGGAAACGUUGGCGGACCUGAAGAUGUCUUUCCGCUUCUCUCAAGACCUCCCGCUGGACUUGGUGGUCGACUACACGAUGAAGACAGAGAAGGCCGAGGUCGAUGCUUAUUGUGACAUAGAGCCGUCGCGAAGCCGUGCCGUCAUCAAAGUUUUAAGUCCGCAUUUCCAGCGAUGCAGAAACAUCACGUUCGAGACGAUGCUUGGGAUGUCCCUCCCUUCGCCUUCGAAAGACCUGUCCGGUGUUUCGUCGACAUUGCGAAGCCUUACCCUUAGAUGCAAAUACGACUUCCACCAUCCCACCGAUAUCCUGUUCGGUGCAGACCCCGCUCCCAUCCCUGACCGUGCUGACUGCAAGCUCACGAAUUUAAACGAACUCUAUCUCAGCGGGUAUACCAUCAUCGAUGCUUGCAGGAAUGCGCCGCACCUCAUUCAAGCAGCGCAGAGCACAUUGACACUGCGCGACUUCAUAGCAAGCGAUGAAGAAACAGCAGAACAGAUCGUCCCUUACUUCCUCAAGGCUCUGUCGCGAGAGCGACGCCGGCGAGGAGAGAUCGCGCUGUACAACAUCGACCUCCCCCUUUGGGAACCCGACGCCCUGCUCGACGAACCGUUUUAUAUUCAAAACCGAACGACACUGACCGAUCUGAGAUACAAAACAAUGUGCAAUAUCUUGGACUUCGUGGAUUUUCAACACGCAGGAGAUCUCACCAUCAAACGGUGUCCUCUUCCGGAAGAAGCCUCCAGAAUCGGUGCCGUCCACUACCUGCAUCUCAACGAAAUCACCAAUUGCGAGGCCAACCUUGCUGAUAUGCUCCUGGAAUGGGAUGGCCUGCAUCUGUCCAUCACGCAAGGAGAUCCGCUGGAUGACCUCCUCCGCAUGCUCGCGUCGCGUCGACGCCGGGGCGACUGUUACAUGGACGAGCUCGAGCUCGACUGCUGUGGCAUGUUCACGAUCGACGCGAUGAAGACGCUGUGCGAGUCGCGGACUCCGAGCGAUAUGUCACUCAUGUAUAGCAUCGAAGUGACUGGGAUAGGGCCAGUGAUAUUGAAGGAGGAAAGGCAGUAG